UCACAUAAGUUAGGAAACAAUAGAUGUGAAGUCGUAUCAGUGAAACGACAACAUGAACGAAGGAGGAAAGUAUGUUGACUGGCCUGACUGACGACAUGAAACAUUGGCUUACCAUCAGUCUGUCUCUGGCAGUUCUCCUCUCUGCUAAAGUUCUGGCACAGAAUCCGGUGCCAAUCAAGUUCACAACCGAUCUGGUGCAGGUCCAAACAGGCAGUGAGAUUCAGUUCACAGUGGAGACUGUGUCUGACGUCUUCUCCAUGUCAUGGACGUACCAAACUGGAAACAUUCUGGGUUUGUGGACUCAGACAGGCUUCUCUGACAACAGCGUGCCCCAGUUCCAAGGCAGAAUCACCAUCAGUGCCACCCAGCUUCGAAUCAGAGCCUCUCAGCUCAAGGAUGCAGGGUCUUACACAGUGGAGGUGGUGCCUAGCGCUUCCACAGGCCUGGCUAAAAACUCCAAAGCAGUGCAGCUGAAGGUGUUUGACCCAGUAGUCGGGGUGAUUCUGUCUCUUCCUUCACUGCCAGUGGAGGAGAAAAACAUGUCUCUGAGUUGCACAUGGACCAGUGGGACUGAGGUAACUGCCCAGUGGGGCAAAGACGGCGUAACCAUCACACCCAGUUCCAGAAUCACCAUCUCCGGUGGGUCUUUGGUAAUCAACCCAGCCAGUCGGGAUGAUACUGGGGUGUACACUUGCACUGCCAGCAACAGUAUCAGCGCACAGUCUUCCUCAAAGAGCCUUACAGUCUACUAUGGACCCGUCACCCCCAUUUUGACUGUCGACUCACCUAAAGAGUGCAUUGGUGGAGGGGACGUGUUGGUGGGAAAGACAGUGCGUCUCACCUGCACGUCUGUCUCGCUGCCCCCUGCCACCUUCUCAUGGGAACGUGAUGGACAGACUGUCUCAUCUGGUGCAUCGAACAGCGGGGUGCUCAGCCUCCAGACCUUCUCGACUAAGGAUAGCGGCCGGUAUGUGUGCAUGGCCACGAACAGCAUCACCAGGGGCACGUCGGCACAGGGCUACAACAUGACCGUUGUGGAUGUUUGUUUUGAUGGAGGGGAAGUUGCGGGGAUUGUGAUUGGUUCUUUCCUGGGCCUCCUAAUCAUUGUGCUCCUCAUUUUGCUCCUCAUCUGUCUUGUGCGAAGAAGGAGAGCACAGGAACAGCAAAGAAAUGUUGCGCUUGUUCAGAAGACAGAUCCAAUCCGAAGACCUCUUCCUCCAGAUUCUCAAACUAAUGGCGUAAGGAAUUUAGAUCAAGGUCUCCAGCCUCCGCUCCAUCAGAUGAGCAGGCAAGCAAGCCAACCUGAGCACUUAAUCACAAACAACCUUGAACGCCGGGCAAACCCACAGGCGCUGCCUCUGAAUGGGUUGCCGGAUGUUGACAUGCAGCAAAAUAAUAGCCGCACCCACACAAACCCACUUCCAGAAAACAUAGCUCGAAACGUUACUUCAUACCCAGACAAUGGCUUCGGCAACCCGGCUUUCACGCACAUGAAUUCUCAGAAUGCAAGCAUUCCUCCAAACACGCAGCAGCAGCAAAAUCCAAAUCCAAAUGUUUUGAUUCAGACCAUGCCUGGGCAGGGUGGCAACCAGCCUCCAGCUGUUCAAGUCAGCCUCAACACGCUACCAAAUUCUAAUAUCCCAAAUAACAGUGCUCAAAUGCCUACUAUUAAUGUCAACCUCAAUCCUUAUCCAUCCAGCGGUCCACAAGCUCUGCAAGAAAGCUCUUUUCCUCCUAAUAAUCAAGGCUUCAAUGGCGUUCCACAAAUGCAAAACAACCUCAGAGAUACAAGGCAAUCAAACCCUGCAACACAAAGCAGACAAUCCUAUCCAGAUAACCAUAGAAUGAAUGGCCAUACUAACCCAAAUUUUCAAGGUGAACAUGAACUUAUUCCAACUGGAUAUACGCAUUUUAACAAUAAUGUCACAUCUCAGCGAAAUGAAAACACAGAGACCUAUCAGCACGACCCAGAGCCUCAUAGGAGACCAGACAGAGAGUCAAGACAGCAUGAGUUGAUGCCGAGAUCCAGGCAGAGACAGAGCUCAUGGGAUCUUCUCAGAGGAACACCAGCAUACCCUAGUGGGACACCUCAAAGAGCACAAAUACAACCUGAUUCAGAUUAUAGUGCAGAGUACACAGUCCAUCCUCCCAUACGGACAUUAAACAGAAUGCCUCAUCAGAGCCAAACAGUUACCCGGCGUAGAACUCCACCGAGACAUGAUCCACACUCAGAGGAUAGUCAGACCCAGACCUAUCCUGCUGAUGAUCAUCAUCCAAAUGCUAUCAGUGUUACACUCCCUGAGCGCUCACAGCGCACACACAGAAGCCCCCGAACAGACAGAGAAAGGGCUCAGCGAGACAUCAGAGGUAGCCAGACUGCCCUCAGGCAAGAUACGACUCACAGCAAUAACCCCCAGGCAUUGCCUCUCGUGAGCCAGCAGGCCUCUGUUGGCCACACUGCUGUGUCACAAGGACCUGUAACACAACAAGGACUGACUACACGGCAGGGCACAGAUUCAAGAGCUUUGGCUGAUCCUAAUCACCUUCAACAGUCCCACAUGGCACAGCUACACAUAGCUGCACCAGCCCAAACACGGCUAGGUCAGACCACACACACACAGCCUGUCAGGCAUGGUGCCAUUCAACCUCGUCAGGGGGUUGUCGAUCCAGUCCCUGUGCCUCCUGCCCAGCCUAAUCCCAGUAACCUAACCCAGGCUGCACUAAAAGCCCACACUGAGAGGACUCAAGUAUUUCAGAAUCGUGGACAGCAAACACAGGCGGCUCUGAUUCACUCUGGCACACUGCAGACUCAAGCUCCUGCUGCGGGAGGUCGGCAGCAACCUCCUCCUCCUCCUCCUCCUAUCCCCCUGGCACAGUUUCAAACCCUCCCCAAGGCACAUACCCAGCACAAAUCCCCAACAAGGGUUCCACAGCCCCAGAGACAGAACAUGCCAACAGCUCACCGACACCAUGGUGCACCUCGGCACACCACCAUGAUGCCCCACAACCAUCACAACCAUCCUGGGCACGUGCAUGCAGCUACACACAAGCACGGUCAUGUGCAACCCCGUGGCCAUGGGCACCCUGCCCAUGUUGCUGCAUGGCAGCAACAAGCCCACAGAGGAAGACCAAGAUGAUGACAGAUGUCAGCAGACGAGGCUCUACAACUGUCCCGCGUGCGCUGUCGCAAACAAACAGCUGACAGACAUGAUCUAAUAUUCCACCAAGCAGGAUAGACUCCACAGAUUCUGCUUUCCAAAAAGGUUGUCAUUCUCUGGAUGUCAGUGCAAAAUUCAGUUUUCCUGCAAAAGAAGUGAACACAUCGUCCAUGGGGGAUAAUAAGUUGUCAGUAUAAUGCUUUAAAAAAAAAGAAAAGAAAUAUAUAUUCCCAUUGAGAAUUUUACUAGAUUAAAUUAUCUGAAUGAUGCUAAAGUUAUUCUAACUAAAAAGUUGCACACGAAGCAUCUCUCCCUGUUCCACAUCCCCACAUGCAUUGUGCUGUUUUCACUCCCAGCUCACCGGUCAUAUAUCAAGGUUGGCUCAGAGUCUCCUCAAAAAAAGUUUAAUGAUCAAUGGCUCCUGACCAUGUUCACAUUUUACCAUCCAUUCAUCAACACAACUAAACAAUAUUCCUGUGAUAGAUUGCACAAGAAGCACUUGCUUGAAUAUCUGUGAGCACCUGAGCCAGCAACGGUAAAUGGAAAAGGGACCCCGGCACAAGAUGGACUCGAGUGCUGGGAGUGGUGACCGUUAUGAAAGAAGAAAUUAGCAUUAGGGUUGGGCUUGACUCACACUGAGCUAUUUAUUUUGUGCCUUCUGUUAGCGGAUGCCUCUUCUGACACUUCUCAAUUAAGAGGAUUCGCCUCACUGCUGCUCGGAAAUAACGCUCAGCUUCAUAAGGAGGGGGAUCCCGAGAACGGAUGGGAGCUUAUUAAUUAAAUGCUUUUAUGUGACUUAAAUGGCUCGGAAAAUAAUCACACUCAAGCAUGAAUGAGGUCAGCGGAAAGACCUGAACUGUUUCGUUUUUCUGCUGAAAAUGCAGGGUUAUCAUUUUACUGGGUCAUGGAGAUAUAUUUUUUAUGUAUUUAUUUAUAAUGGUUAUAUAUUCUUAGAUGAAGGGUUAAUGGUUAUAUUUUCUAAGAUGAAGGGUGUUGUUGUGGAUUAAUGAUUUAGAAAAGACCAACUGAUCCCAGAAAUUUUAAAGAUAAAGUAGACUGCAUUGUGUAUUUCUCUUACCUGGUACAAUUAUUUGAUCCAAAACAUUGUGAGAAGGGCAUAAACAAAGUCAAAACCAUAUGAUGCUGUAAAUGGUUCUUAUCACUCCCCUGUUUAAAAGGUCCCCAUCGGAAUCCAGGUGUAUGUAAUGUUUAUAUAAAGCUACAGAAAGUUCUCAAAUGUGUAGUUUGAGUAUAAAUGAAGUGAGUUCUUUCAAGAAGUCAUGAGCAGUCAGUAUUUUACCAGCUGUAGACAGCUUUCUAAAUUGUCUGAGUAUUAAUUUUCAUGAGACUCAAGCACAGCUGAUCACAGUAGAGCCAAAACUAAAGGAUUUUAACAAAUCAAAUCAUAAACAUUUCAUAGCUGUAAUGGUAAAUACAAUGUUUACUUUCUUUGCUUUUGGGCUUGAUUGGAAUCUGGUAAAUUCACUUUCUUAAAUACCUCAGACCUGUAUCAGCUACAAACAAAAAAUCUGAUUAGGACAUCCCUAGUAUCAGAUGACUAAGUUUAUCUGGCCAAAGACGAUACAUGAUGGAAAUGUAAUGGGAUAGAUUUUUACAGUGUUUGAUAACACGUAUGUCAAAUAAAACAUUAUUAGUGGCAGACUGCAGACUAAUAUGCUCCUAAAUAAAUACCCUCUAGUUUAAAUUUAGGUGUAAAAGUUUAUUAAACAGGUAGGUAAGUUUUUGAAUUGGAGUUGUUUUAAGAUGGCUCAGAUCUACUCUGGAGUUGGCUAGCAUUAUGUAGCUAAACUCUCUGUGAGAGCUAAUCUCUGUUACACAAAUGUGAAGUAAUUUAGAAAGCUUUCCAAUGCGGGUAAGAUAGUGGCUGCUUAUAAGUACUGGAUUUAACCCUACUUGGAAAAAAUCUGACCUCUCAAGUUACAGAUCAAAUAACAAAAAAGCACAAGGCCAAAAUUAGUUUUUUUUUUUUUUUGCUGGCCAUGUAAAGAAGGAAAACAGGAGCCUGAAUGAUCCUGGUUUCUUAAUUAAACAGCAUAAAUGAAACAACUCUUUGACUAAAGCUGCAACUCAAUGUGCACUUAUUUACAACCUUGUAAUGCCUGGUUAUCUUAAAUGAUCCUUCUAACUAGCCCAUAGAGUUGCAGGAUGCUACAGGUGCCUUAGUUCUGUUACUCUUUGUGGGGAGCUUGUACAAUGCCUGGGGGGUUUGAGAUAUUUUUUGUUUUAAUAAAGAGGUUUAUCACUUGUGUUUGAA